UAUUUCCCCCCGGUUGUAUAAAAUGUAGCUAUCCAGAGGUAUAUAAUUGACCAAUCAGCGUUGAGCAGACAUUUGGUUUGAAAAGAUGGCGGAAAACGGGGCAAACGCGAAGAGAAAGUCCGCGGCAGAGUUACGUUUGGAGCAGCUGCAGAAGUGGCGUGAAGCCAGAGGUCGGCAGCACCGCCCGGGAAGGGAACCCCUGACCCCUGGUAUCGUCAAGCUCACCGGUACCAGCAAGGCCAACCUUCCACCCUCUAGGGGAUCCUCUGUCAAGAAAUCAUCUGCUGUGAAAAGGAAGCAGAAGGAGAAUACAGUCCAGGAGGAUAGCUAUCUGGAGAGGUUUGAACAGUGGCGCAGUGAGAAGAAAAAGAAGCAAGAAAGAGAGAGUGCAAGCAAAAGACCCCCAUGGCGGCCAUUCAGUGCCGGUAAGACUAACCUGUUGUCCCAGCCUCUGACGAGGUGCUGUAACCAUGACCAUGGAGCUGGGGCUGGUGCCAGGAAGAAACUCGCCAUGGAUGCAGGCGCUGCCGCUGCUGGGGGUGAUGUUCAGAACAACGCUGAGGUUCAGGACAACCAAGAAGUACCCCUGCAUGAUGAAGACAUGCAGCCACAUCUAAACGACAUGCAGGACAACCAAGAACUACUGCAUGUUGAGAAUGCUGAAAAUCUACAGCCACAUCCAGUCGACAUCCAGCACGACCAAGAACGGCACAUUGAGAACUAUGAAGAUGUUCGUGAUCAGGCAGAGCUGAACAACAUCCAGCACAACCAAGAGCAUGAUGAUAAUGGUGAUGUGCAGUCACAUCUAAACAUUCAGGACAACCAAGAGGUGAUGCCACACAAUGACAUGGACAACAUUGAAGAACUACAACCACAUGUGAACAACAUUGAGGAGAACCAGGAUAACACAGAACAGCUGGCACUGCUUGGCAACCAAGAUGAUCUAGAAGUCAUCCCUCAUCUUGGUUACCUAGAGAACCCCCAGGGAGUGUUACAACCUUUAGAGGACAACCAAGGCAAUCCGGAGCCAGGCAAGGGAAACAUAGAGGACAAUUCAGAGCCUUUAGAUGACAGCCUUGAUAACCCAGAUAUAAACACCAGCGUACAAGAUGGUCAGGAUGAUGUUGAGGUUACUCCAGUAGAGCCGGAGCAAGAGGACAGGGCUCAACCUGACCACAUGGCAACUGAUGGUAAUGUUAGGCAGGACAUACAACAUGUAACUCUUGUCGAACAAGACACCGAACUAAGCGGUCCAGGUGCUGGAGAACACUUGACAGACAAUACUGUGGCACUCCCUCAUCACCUAAGUGCCAUGUUAGAUGUGUCAGAAACUGAAGGACAAGCCAACACAGCCGUGACACCAUUCCUGAAUGAUCUUGAUGAGGAUCUCAACGCGGAGAACAUAAGCGAUAGUCAAGAGGAUGAUGAUGACUCAGACAUCAUGGAAGCAGCAGUAGCCAUACCAAAGAAAAUGUCCAUGAGACAAAAGCUUGACCAGUGGCUGAAAGAAAAGGGGAAGACGCCGUCACGGUUCAACAGUAUCCUGACAUUCAGGACCCCGGCUCCAGGGUCUGCCAGAAGGAGUCUGAGGAAACGAAGGAGUGCUGCACCCUUCUGGCCGGGCCUGGGGGAUGCUGGGAAGGAUGAGGAGGAUGCUGGGAAGGAUGCUGUGACCUUGCAGUUGGAAGCCAUCUUCCAGGAAUGCAUGGCUGCAAUAGAUGAGGGUUAUUCCUCAGUCAACAUCGCUGGUAUCCUGGACACGGUGUACAGCUGCAUCCCCCAGUGUGUGCAGCACUCCCAGUACUGGCUGUGUCGGGCCAGGCUGGCACAGCUGCAAAGGGACGAUCACCGUGUGGUGUCCAUGUUUGAGAUGGCAGUGGCAGCUCAUGCAGAGCCUUAUGAAGAUAUCAAAGAUGCCCUGACAGCCUUUGUGUUGAGAAAAGAAGCAGAGCAGCCUCGGGAGACCCCAGAGGAUGAUGGGAUAGAGCACGUACGGCCUUCAGCGCUGUUCAAGACGCCAAAACGGAGAUCUGCAUUUGCCAGACUGGAUCAGGGAGCAGCGUUUGACUCCUCUAUGAAGAUGUAUUCAGUCACACCACUCUUUAGAAGAGCCCGUGGGGUGCUCAGAAAAGCUGCGCCGGUUCCCGUGGCAACAGUAGCUCCAAUCGUGGUGACGCCGGUCCGUCGCUCUGCACGGAUCCGCCGUGCGUCUGCCCUCCAUCCGCCCGAGCUGCGGGAACAUGACCCCCUUGUACCGUCCCUCGCAGACGUGUCCGAGGAGGAGUUCGUACUUCGAGCCAACAGGGCACUCGUCCGAGAGACCCCCAUGGUCGAUGGUGAUGCUGAUUGACAAAUAUGAUGUACCCAAAUGUCCAUGAAGUAGUCUUUAAGAGCAGUGUAUGCCGUGUAUGGCUCCAAGAGUAUGGCGUUCUUUCUGAGCGAAUGCAUGUCUGUAUAGAGUAGCCAUUCAAAACAAUGAUAGCACAAGGGGCAAUAUAAGACUUGAAAUUAACAAUGGAUGUUUGGGUCAGCAAGACAGCAUUGCACAUUCUAGUCUUUCACAACUUGUAAUACUAGGAACCUGUCAUUCAAGCUUUGCUUAAUUAACUUUAUUUAUGUUCCCCGUCAACGAUGGACUUUACUAGUGAUGCACACUGCACAGCAUGUUUUUGAUGCUUUCU